UCCUAACGAGAUCAGGACAUUUUCACAAGCAUUGAUCCUGGUUUUACGCAUUCAUCCGCUUCCGAACGGAGUUAAUGAAUGAAUCACUGAAAUAAUUGUAAAUAGUUUUUAACCGACGUGCUUUAAAAACCAAAAGCGACCCUUUCGUACUUGCAUCCUGUAAACUGCUGUCUUUAAACUAUAUCACCUUUUCAUCUAAGAGUUAUUUGGGCUAAGUGAGGCUGGCAAAUAUUGACUUUGAAAAAGUUGACUCGCCCUUUUGGCUCAGAGCUACUCUAAAUUUAUCUAGCCCACAGACCUGAUUGGUUUCUUUAAAAUCUGCUUGUCAAGCUUAUCAGAGGAGGGGAGUUUGGCCGGGUGUCACCAGUCCAGUGCUGCAGGCAUGAAGCUGGAGGCGGUGAUGGAGCAUCUGCAGAGACAACAAGAGGCCAAAAUGGAGAUGAACCUGCAGGAAAGACACCUCCUGCAAGCUCAGCUCCUGUUUGCUCAACAGGCCGCGGCAGCCCGAGCCUCCGGCUCCAGAUCAGACUCUGCCUUGUUGUUUGGGAAAGCAAAUGGACACAUUUACCAAGUUGCCCAGCAAGCGUUGGGCAGCGAUCUGAGCAGAAUGGACUCAGAAGAGAAGUACGAAGACUCCGACGAGGAGGAGGAGGAGGAGAAGGGGAUAUUUGAGCCUGAGGAGGAAGAAGAUGGCAACAACGGGCCUCCUCAACAGGUCAAGAAGCUGCAGCUCAAGCAAGUUUCCAGCUUCCAGCCUUAUUCUACACCUCUGUCAUCCGGGGGGGAGCAGAACUCUGAGUCUCCACCUUUAACAGUAAAACAAGAGCCGGAGGAAAAGAGCCUGUCGUCGUCUCCGGUCGGUCAACACGCCUUCCCGUCGCCCAAUGGCUUCGCUGACUGGGGAUACGAUGAGCCCAUCAAGCAGAGAGGAAGUGGCCUCUGGGCUGAGGAGAACGACACAGGAAAAGUAAGGGGGGAGCCGUCCAGGGACUUUGCAAAGCUUUAUGAACUAGAUGGUGACCGACAACGGAAGGAGUUUCUUGAUGAACUGUUUGUCUUUAUGCAGAAACGAGGAACUCCCGUGAACCGCAUCCCCAUUAUGGCAAAACAGGUGCUGGACUUGUACAAGCUUUAUAAGCUUGUAACGGAGAAGGGAGGCCUGGUGGAGGUGAUUAACAAAAAGAUCUGGAGGGAGAUCACCAAAGGUCUCAAUCUACCAACAUCCAUAACCAGCGCAGCCUUUACCCUCCGCACACAAUACAUGAAGUACCUGUACCCAUUUGAAUGUGAGAAGAAAGGACUGAGCUCCCCGGGGGAACUGCAGGCGGCGAUCGACAGCAACCGCAGAGAGGGCCGGCGGCCCAGCUACACCAACAGCCUUUACCGCUUCUCUCACAGCCCGAGCUCUGCUCCACGUUCACUCCUGUCCUCCCCGACGAUGCAAACCAGCCUCAACCCGAGCCCGCACAACGGCCUGAGCACACCCGGGGGUCAAAACCUGAAGAGAAACGCAGAUGACAUCUCCACACCGGGAAUACCCCGGCUGCCGCUGGCUCUUGCACUCGGACAGCAGCAGCAGCAGCAGCAGCAGCAGCAGAAGGUACAAGCUGCCACGAUGGAGCACCUCAGAGAGAGACUGGAUCGAGCAGCAGGUGGCGCUGCAGCCGAUGGUCCAGAGAAGCAAAUGAUGCGGCUGGCAGAGGAGCAGCAGCGCCUCAUGCAACAGGCCUUCCAGCAGAACAUCCUGGCUAUGGCCUCCCACUUCAACCCCGUGAACCUCAAUCUAAACAAUGGACACGAAAAAAAGCAGGAUUUGUCGCUGAAUAUCUCCACUAAUGGACCUGCAAGUAUCAGCGUUUCUGUGGAGGUCAAUGGUACAGUUUACUCAGGGACACUAUUUGCUCAGAAGUCGGCUGCUUCCGUGUCGUCACAGGCCGUGACUCCGGCAGGAACAAGUGGUUUCAGCGCUCUUUCCUCCUCACACAGUACCUUCUCAUCUUCCACCCCCUCAAAGAGACCAAAUUAAGGCUGUUACAUCAGAAUAAAAUGAUUACGUGCUACAAUUUAUGUACUUGUCAGUCAAAUGGUAUUAAACUCAGGGACAAUCAAAUGCAACAAAGAAAGGCGUCCAACUUUUUUUUUUCGUUGUCCUUUUUACUACUCUGACAGCAAAAUGUCUGUAAUGGUUCACGUCAAGAAGAUAUGUAUGACCUCAAAGCUGCCAAACCAACAAUAAUUUCAGGCCAGAUCAGUUUACAUUAAAAGUGUCUUUAGAGCUGAAAAUUGCACGGUGAGAAUGAUGUCGGGCCCCUUUGGAUGUCAUUUACGUUUAUAGCGAGUUAUCCAACACUCAGUGCGGUUACAUGCACAUCUAAAUCAAGCUAUCUGCAACAAUCUUCCUAUGGAUUAAACUGGAGUUUCAGAGAAAUCCAAGUAAAGAUGCGCAAGAAGACAAUCGAUUAUUGAGUGAGGUGCGUUCGACUCCGCUCUGUAGAUGUCGUACAUACUAAGCCCGAUCAUGUUGCAGGUAAGAUGCACACAAAGUCUCUCUCUUCUUCUUCUGUUACUGUGUUGUUGUGAUGCCGUGACUGUUAUUAUUCCCGCUCCCGUGGCUCUUCACUUCGGGAGGGUGGAGUCCCGGGGCAGUCACUAGCUGGGCUAAGCGUGGGUUGGUAUACAUGCUGGAAUAAAUCGAAUUAGGACGCAUUAUCUGGCACUAAAAGCUCGAUCUCAAGAGCUUCAAUUCGGUUCGACUACAGCCCGGCUAAGAUGUAAACAUGGCUUUUAAAACUUCAAUAUCGGUCAGAUUAAGUCAACAAUUCGACUUUCUGUUAGUGCAUGUAAACGUACUGAGUGUUGCAGCUUCGGCGUCGCAUCUGCAUAACAAUGUGGUCGCCAAAGUGCAGCCAAUGAAGACCAAAAAGCCUUAGCUCUGUGGCAAAGCUCCUGUCAAUAAAUAAUACAUACUUCCCUGAUGCAAUUUUGUUUCCCCGUAGAAAAUCAUUUGUUUGAACUUCAGUGAAAGGCCGUAGUUUAUACAUUUCUUUGCUGACCUAGAAACGGCAUGCAUGGCAUUUGGAUCUGCAGGUUGGUUGAAUUCUGCUGUUUGUAUUUUAGUUUUUUACUUUUUGUAUUUAAUCAUUUGGCUUGAAAUUGCUGACCACUUAUUUCAGCUGUGAAUCAAAGACUGUUUAUGCAGGGAACUUAUACGUAUAUAUAGAACUGCAGUGAUACAACAUUUACCUCAACUGACUUUCCACGUUGGUAAGUUUUCUCAGACUUAUAUUGUAUCUCAUAAUAUAUUGCUGUGUUAUAAUUGUGUAAAUGGAAAUCAUGUAUCAGUAAGGGACUCAAGCUUUGUGUAAAACAAGACAUGACACCGUGCUACCUCAUGCCACUAGAAAUAUGCAAUGUUGACACGAGUUCAUUUCGCCAUGUGCUGAAAUAAUCUGUAUGUGGACAAUCAAGUGAACGUGUAAUUUCAAACAAAUGCCACUGUGAACUUGACACAUUGAAAAUGAAGACGUUCAACUUUAUGCCUGUCUUGGAUGAACAUAUUUCCUGGAUAUGUAGCCAUGUAAAAUAAAAAGAAUCGUGUGGUGUAAUUGUUGUUUUUGAAAAUCCGCACUGCUGUUUCUCAAUAGGGUUUCAUAAGUUUGUUAGUUUUUUUUUUUUUGCUUUUUUUUGUGAAUAUAUGAUGGAAGUGACAGGGAUUGUUCUGUUAACUAGCUUUGACUAGCUGCCAGAAAAAAAAAAAUACGUCGCUGCAUCUUCUGUCCUUGACACUUUCUUGUAAAUUGUUAAAGUAAAUAAAUAUAAA